AACGGCCUGGUCACACUGUGCGGUCCAGAAUUGUUGCCUUUUUAUUUUAUUCCCGCACUUCUUCGCCAACUAGCCGCUUUCUUUCGGCCUUGUUUAAAGACAUAGGUCACGCCAGCAGCCGCCGCAAGCCGGAACGCCCCCGUCCCGCCCCCUUGGUCGAGGUGACCGUCGCUGUUGUUGUUUUCGUCGCCCUUAAAAACCAGCUGCUGCAUCUGUGUGUGCGUGGGUGCUCCUCCGUCCGUGUAAAGAAAGGGAGAGAAAGCAAACAAAGGACCUAACGCGAGAGAGAAAGAGAGCGAGAGAUAGCAAAAUGGAUGUGGAGGAGAAUUACGAAAACGCCGCCGAGAUGCAGAACAUAAAUAUGAACUUGAGUCCGAAUCAGAAUCCAAAUGCGGAUAGCCAGCAGCAGCAACAGCAGAUGCAGUGUGAACCGUUGUUCGGUCUCACAACCAAUACAACAACAACAACAAAUCCAAUGAUGGCCAUACCCCUGCCCGCGCCCCCCGGAAUGCUGCCCUAUUCCACUCCGAACAUCAGUCCGAAUUCGAAUUUGAGCGUAAAUCAAAAUCCCAAUUCGAAUCUAAGUCCCAGUCCAUCCGCGAACGCAUCCGCCGCCAACGCAUCCGCAUCCGCCAUCAAGGGUCUGCCCACAAAUGACUUCGAUAUCGAUUCCCUGCUGCUGCAACAGUUUAGCUGCAUGGGCACCACGGAUCACGAGGACCUCAUCAGCCAGUUCCAGAGCCUCAUGAACAACCAGAUGAACCGGGAAUCAGCCAGGUUUUACCUGGAGAUGAGCAACUGGAGCCUGCAGACGGCGGUAGGCUGCUACCUGGACUUUUGCAGCCUACAGUCCCUGCCCUCGAUGAAAAUCGUCCAGGGAAAGCACCUAAAUGCCCAGCAGCAGGCCUUCCAGCUGCAGAACGACGGCACCGAGCGAUGGCCGAACAACUGCUAUCUGACCUCGCCCAUCCAAACGCAGCGCAUCAAUGUGCCCGCUCUGCGUCCGGGUGAAACAUGUGAUAUCCUGGCCGAUCUGAUGCCCACACAGCCGCCGAUUUUGUGGCGGCUGUGCACUCCCAAUGGCUGGUACUUUGGCGAUGCCAUUUGGAUGAUACCGCCGGGAACGCAGGCCAGCCAGGACGAGCUGCAGCAGCGGAUGGUGCAGCUGAUCACGUCGGAGGCCAAGCCGGAUGUCUAUCCGCAGAUCAACAUCGUGAUAACCGCACACACACAAUGAACGCGGUGUGUCCAGCGUCCAGCAUUCGGCAUCCUCCUCCGUUUUCGAGCGGGGUCCUCGGUCCCAAAACUCAUCGAUAGCAUUUCAUACACCUAAACCCCUGCGCGAAUGUAACUUUUACGAUAUGACUAGACUCUCCCCUCUUCCCCUUUCUUGAAUAGGCUUAAAAUUGUUCUUAGUAGUGGAUUUGUAUACAGACAGGAUCAAAAAGCGGAAAACUUUUAUACACUUGACGCCGUGCAUGUUUCGGAGUAUAUAGUAGCCAACGCCAUUCACGUGUACUAUACAAUAUAUAAUUGAUAUAUAUAUAGACCUAUAGAUAUACCUACACAGACCCACGUUUAACUAGAGUUUGAGUUUCGAUUGCGAGCUCCUUCGUUGCUCCUCCCACUUUUAUCCCCUCCUUCAUUUGGUGUCAGACGGAUCAGCUUUAUAUAUAUAUAUCGAUAUAUUGGGAAGGGGGCGAAGGGCCGGCGCGGUGAAAAGAGAGAAGUGAAAGUAAAAGUAAAAGUAAAAGUGAGAAUCAGAAUCGUGUGGCCACAUUAUGUUCUUCUGUUAGUUCUUAGGCGGUAAAGUUGUGUGUGCGUGCGAUUGUUUAAUGCAUAAUGAUAUAUUUUUUUCUAUAAUUUAAAUUCCUAUUUUCUUAGUAACCGAAAAACAUGAUUAAGCAGAAAACAGAAAACCUUGUAACAAAAUUAGAAAUAAGUGUUUUAUUGAGCAAAACAAGAAAGAAGUGGAACGAAUGAAAAA